GUCCGUCAUAAUUUCUCUGUCCUAGGUGCUAAACUGAAGCGACGCUCAUCCCGUUGCAGUAUCAGCAGCCAUGGCCGAAAUAAAGACCGGGAUUUUCGCCAAAAACGUCCAGAAACGGCUAAGUAGGGCGCAGGAAAAGGUACUGCAGAAACUGGGAAAGGCGGAUGAGACGAAAGAUGACCAUUUUGAUCAAGCCGUCCAGAACUUCAAGCGACAGGAGACAGAGGGCUCCCGGCUGCAGAGGGAGAUGAAGGCAUAUCUGGCGGCUGUAAAAGCAAUGCAACAGGCUUCCAUGAACCUGACAGAGUCCCUACAUGAAGUCUACGAGCCGGACUGGCACGGGAAGGACGAUGUCUUGAGCAUCGGGAAGAACUGUGAUGCCUUAUGGGAGGACUUCCAUCAGAAGCUGGUUGAUUCAUCACUUAUCACACUGGACACGUACCUGCAACAGUUCCCCGACCUCAAGAUCCGUGUGGCGAAAAGAAGCAGAAAGCUAAUUGACUACGAUAGUGCACGGCACCAUCUCGAGACCAUUCAGGCGGUGGUCAAUAGAAGUGAUCGGAAGGUCUCCAAGGCAGAGGAUGAGUUGAAAAAAGCCCAGAAGGUGUUUGAUGAGCUCAAUGUUGAUCUACAGGACGAGCUACCAACUCUCUGGGACAGCCGAGUUGGUUUUUACGUGAACACAUUCAAGAACGUGACGAACCUGGAGGCCAAAUUCCAUCGGGAAAUCUCUGUGCUCUGUAAGCAGCUGUAUGAAGUGAUGACCAAGCUGGGAGAGCAACACUCCGACAAAAUGUUCACCAUACAGGGAGCGCCCAGUGAUUCAGGACCUCUGCGACUCUCUCGGGCCCCCUCGCCACCGGACAGCGACAGUGACGAGAGCCCAGUGGACAUUCCUAACCACAUGCUGGCGCCUGCCUCUCCCGGCCCGCCCCGGCCCAAAUCUCCUUCAGGCCAGUUCAAAAAGGGACCGCCAGUGCCCCCGCCACCCAAGACCCCGACCAAGGAGCUGCACCAGGAGCAGAUAAUCGACCUGUUUGGGGGCCAGUUCUUACCCGCGGCUACGCCCUCGCAGCCAAAUGAAAGACCUGGAGAAUCUCUCCUGGAUCUGGACUUUGAUCCAUUCAAGCCUGACAGCAACACUACUAUCGGACAGGCUGCACCACCCAUAACACAGCAACUACCCUGGGAUUUGUGGACAGGAAAUGCUGAACCUGCGCAGCCUACGGAUUCUGGGUCUAUGAGUACUGUGGGUGUGGAGGAGGAUGGGGGCGGCGGUGGCGAGGCCCCGAACACUGCCAACUUUAACCCUGGGUUCCCCGCAUUCCCCGAGCAGGCGGGAGACCCCAGCUUCGCCACCGACUGGGCUGCUGACUUCGGCUCGGCCCCGGCAAAAGGAGACUCUGUCCCGUCUGCCACCGAGGAGGCAGCCGGCGAGAUUCCAGCGACCACAGGGCAGGACGAGGCCCAAGGCUGGCCUGCAGCAGACGGCUGGGGCGGGGAGGCAGGGGAGGCAGCAGCAGCAGAGCAGCCGCAGGGGGCCGAAACGGCCGCAGCUGGAGACGAGGUUAGCGGCUGGGAUCCCAACCCCCAACUUACCCCCAACUGUGAUCCUUGUGCAGUGGGGGGCGACCAGCAGGCCCUGCAGGAGCCGGUGCAGGGGCCACCAGAGGUGACCAACAAUGCAUUUAACGGAUUUCCCCAGAUGGAAGCAACAGCCCCAACAUUUGUUGCGGAUUUUGAUAAGCUGAAUGAAAGCAAUGCCGCCAUGGCCCCUGAAGCUGCUGCGCCCCCAGCUGAGACUGCUGUGGCCCCGGAGGCAACAGCUGAGACUGCUGUGGCCCCGGAGGUCCUUGGGACUGAGACCUCAGAUGCCACAGAGGCAGCGGCCGAGGCAGGGGAGAUCCAGGAGCCUGCUCCCCCGACUAGUGAGGCUGAGGCAGCCGAGAGUGCCACCAGCCCUGGAGAGGAGAAGCCUGAUUCCACUGUGGGGUCUCCAGUGACAUCUGCAGAGCCUGAGGGGGCUGCACCAACUGAGAUCCUCCCAGUUGAAGAGGCUGAAAAAGCAUCCCCCAGCGAAGCAGCUCCCCCGGAAUCUGUUCCGACCCCGGAGGAAAUGAAGGAGUCCCCUGUGGAGGAGACUCCGGAGAAGAUGCCUAUUCCCUCAGUGGUGAUUGAGCCAGCCUCCAGCAACGAAGGUGAUGAUGACCGCGACGUUAUUGACAUUUCCCCAACGACCAUCAGCGACAACGGAGUGACACCGGACACCCAGACGGCCAAAGACAUCACCACCUCUGACGGCCCACCAGGACUCCCUCCUGGCUUCCUUUACAAGGUGGAGACUCUGCAUGACUUUGAAGCUGCAAACUCAGACGAGCUGGAGCUGAAGAAAGGUGACGUGGUUCUGGUUGUUCCCACGGCUACAGCAGAAGAUCAGGAUGCGGGCUGGCUUACAGGUAUCAAGGAAAGCGAAUGGUCGCACCUUGGGGCCAGUGCCCACAAAGGACUCUUCCCAGAAAACUUCACACAGCGCUUGGAGUAACCAUCUGAGCCCGGAGAAAAUAGUUGUGGGGGAGGUGAAGGGGCCUGUGUUCUCCAGACAAUGUCUAGCCGAUCGUCUGCUAACCCGUCUGUGACCUUGUCUGCAAGACAGACCAAGGCCGUCACUAAUAGAGGAAAUGACACAAACAAUCAACAAAAUACAAACCAAGUGUGGAUAAACACUAGUACCUGCUCGGAGCAUAAGGAAAAAUAACAUGAGCAUGAUGCGAUAGUAUGGUCUACCCUUUUUUUGUUUGUUAACCUUUAAGCAGCAGCGAAUUGAUGUGUGCUUUGUGGGAAGUGUGGUGACCUCCACAUGUAAAUCCCUUGAUCUCCACAUGUAAAUCCAUAUCUGUUUCAAGGAUAAACUAAAAUGAGAAAUUCCUCCUGAAGAAAAAAAAAAGUUACCUUAUCUUCUCUGCACCAAGUGUAUUGUAUUGAUUUUGUUGCUCUGCAGCGGAAUUUCUAAGAAUCUGUAGUGCUAUGAUCUAUCUAACUGUUCUUAAGUGUUACUUUAAGUGUUUUCUUUCUGACAUUUCAGCCAUAAAUGUUACCUUGCAUCAUUGUUAGUGUUCUCUUGUAGUGUCAUGGCUGUAUGUGUGCGGCUGUAGUGAUGAUUUUUUUGGAGUACUCAGUGUUGACAUUGUUCAUUGACAAGACGUGCUGUGCUCUUGCCGAAACAACAUAAUUGACGUUGAAAUUCUGAGCAUUGGAAUGGGACGUCCGAUGAGUUUCCAGCAUGAAAUAUUAUGUUAGUGAUGAAGCUGAGAUCCAGGAACUGGCAGAUGCAGCUUUCUCAAAGUAAAAUAAAAAAAAUAACACUGUAGCUCCCUAACAUAAAACGUUAAUGUGUAUAUCCUUAUACCUUAUAUCUGCAAUUACAUAUAUACAAGAAACCAAGUCAACCAGUGGAAAGACAUAUGAAGUUAUUUAUUUGUGAAUGAAAUGUUAUGAUAAAUUGUAUUUAUUUAACUUUAUAUUUUUAAAGUCUAAGAUCACUGGGAAGGUGCUGGGAGAGAAAUCAGAUAUGCAAUCUAUGUAAUUGGUUUACAUACUGUAGGGUCACAAUAGUCCAACUGUUCAGUAUAGCAAUGAAUAUGACGUCACUCCUGUUUUCGUACAGUUAGCCCUCACUGUAUAACCUUUUUUUGUGAUAUACAUAUCUGUGAUUAUUUAUCUAAAGGUGAAUAAAGAAUAGUUAAUAUGUUACA